UGGAAAUAGCUUCCUGCGAACGCUGCACGGGCUCCCUUAGCAACCACGCGGGGGACGCAGCCACAUGGACUCCAUCCUUGGAGGCGAAGCAAAGUCCGGCGUGGAGCCGCGACGCUGAGCGCGCCCUCCGUCCCACCCGAGAUCCAGACGCGUUUUCCUGUCUUGGGUCUAGCGAGAGAAGAUCCACCCCAGCGCCGCCCACGUUCACCGGCGGCGCAUCCCCGACCGAGUCCAGCGAGCCGGAUCCCGAGCGCCCGCGCCGCCAGAUUCCCCGCGCGGCGAGCUCAGCCCGGCUCCCAGGAAGCGCGCGCGCGAGCGAUCGCCGAGCCUGACGCGAGAGGAAACCCUUCGCCCAUUGCGCGGGGGAAGGAGGGCGGCGGCGGCGGCGGCUUCCUGGGAAGAGCGGCGCGCCUCGGCUCCGCCUGUUGAUCCCUUUUCGGGGGAGGGGGAAGACGGGCGGGCGGGCGGCCUUCGCCUCGGCAUCAAUCAAACCCUUGGAAGCCAGAGGGAGACGCGCCCCGUGCCAAGCCGGGGAAUGCCGGCGCUCGUCGGGCUGCGCUGAGCCCUGCCUGCGCCUUUAAGGGCCGGGGCCGGAGCGGGGAGUGUCCCGGGCAGGCGCUGGAGGCUGGGCGGGCGGGAGGAGCGGGACUCCCCGGGACGGGAGCGGCGGCGGAGGCGGCGGAUCGGGCUCCGGGUGGGCCUUGGCGCACGGAGCGAGGGCGCACGGCGACGGCGCUGCCAGCAUGGACUGGGGCACGGAGCUCUGGGAUCAAUUUGACACAAUUGAGCGCCACACUCAAUGGGGCCUGGACCUGAUGGACAAAUACGUCAAGUUUGUGAAAGAGCGGACCGAGAUCGAGCAGGCGUAUGCAAAGCAGCUGAGGAAUCUUGUGAAGAAGCAUCUUCCCAAGAGGACUACGCGAGAAGACCCAGAAUCAAAGUUCUGCCAAUAUCAGGCCUUCCUUCAGGUGGUGAAGGAGCUGAACGACUUUGCAGGCCAGCGUGAGCUGGUAGCUGAGAACCUUCUAACGCGGAUCUGUGUGGAGGUUGCCAAGUACUCGCAGGAGCUCAAACAGGAGAGGAAGUCGCACUUGCAAGAAGGCCGAAGGGCUCAGCAGCAGCUGGAGAACUCCUUCAAGCAACUUGAAAAUAGCAAACGCAAGUUUGAGCGAGACUGCCGAGAGGCUGAGAAAGCUGUGCUGACUGCUGAGAAACUGGACCAGGACAUCAAUGCUACCAAGGCAGAUGUGGAGAAGGCAAAGCAGCAGGCAAACCUGAGGAGUCAUAUGGCUGAGGAGAGCAAGAAUGAAUAUGCUUCAUAUCUGCAGAAGUUUAACCACAAUCAGAGCCAGUUCUACUUUUUGGAGAUGCCACAAAUCUUCAAUAAGCUGCAAGAGAUGGACGAGCGGCGGACACUGCGCCUCAAGGAAGGCUACAGCGUUUUUUCAGAGACUGAGCAGCAAGUUAUGCCCAUUAUUGGGAAGUGUCUGGAGGGCAUGAAGGCAGCAGCAGAUGUGGUGGAUGAGAAGAACGAUUCCCAGAUGCUGAUUGAACUGCACAAAUCGGGCUUUGAGAGGCCAGGAGACAUGGAUUUUGAAGACUUCAGCCAACCCAUCAAUCGUACCUCAUCAGACAGCAGCCUUGGCAACCCCCGCGGCACCCUCGAUGGUCGCCUGGACCCCCGCCUGCUGGGCAAAAGCAAGGGGAAGCGCUGGCCCUUCAGCAGGAAGAGCAAGCUUCCACCCCCUCCCCUCUCUCCCUUAAGUUGCCCUUCCUCCUCCACUUCUUCCCCUUCCUCAUCUGCCAUCAAUGGACCUCCAUCCCCCAAAUUCACCCGUGACCCCCUGUCUUACUGUUUGAACGAGAUCAAUAAGACAGUCAAACCCCGCAUCACGUCCUUCCGCAGCCUCAAACGGGGGACUGUGAUCACGGAGGACUUUAGCCAUCUGCCUCCAGAACAGAGGAGAAAAAAGCUCCAGCAGAAGAUUGAAGAAAGGAAUCGGGAGCUGCAGAAAGAACUCGAUCAGAGGGAUGCCUUAAAUAAGAUGAAGGAUGUUUACCAGAAGACGCCGCAGAUGGGAGACCCUAAUAGCCUUGAGCCAAAGAUCUCUGAGACUCUGGGCAACAUUGAGAGGUUGCGACUAGAAGUCCAGAAAUGUGAAGCUUGGUUGGCAGAUGCAGAGAGCAGGAUGUUGAGUAACCGACCUGAUAGCGUCACACGCUACAACCGCCACUUGGAUCAUGCAAGCGCCCUGAACAACAAUAACUGUUCGCAUGACAAGGACAGCCUCAACACCACCCACUCCGAUGAGAACCAGGACACACUCAACCAGCCCAUCUACACCGAGUUUGACGAUGACUUUGAGGAGGAGUUGACGUCUCCCAUAGGCACCUGUGUGGCUCUCUAUCAGUUUGAAGGUUCCAGUGAAGGUACGAUCUCCAUGCUGGAGGGCGAAGAGCUCGGCUUGAUGGAGGAAGACAAGGGCGAUGGGUGGACCCGCGUGCGGCGAAGCAAAGGGGGCGAGGGGUACGUCCCCACUUCCUACCUGCGGGUCAACCUCAACUGAGUGCUGAAUUGGCCGUGGUACGAGGCCUGCGGCUUGGAGACUUCCGAGUCAACAGCAGGGCGCGUGUGGAAGAGAGGUGCAGUGUUUCAGCUGACUGAGGGGGAAGGACGGUGCAAUGCCUGCUGCAGGUGACCCCGUCCGAGAAGGAAGGUCACACCAAAUCACCACUGCAGAAACUGGGGGAGGCGACUUUGCUUGCUUGAAGAGAAGAAAUGAUGGCUGCAGCCCGCUUGGAUAAGAGCCAUGGGGGAGAGGGGUGGAAUUGGUCUCCAUGCUAAUAAUGUGCCCCCAACCAGUAAUUCCCCUUUCCUCCCUCCCCGCCAUGCCUUUGGAGGCAAGCCCAGCUACACUAGAUCCCUUGCAAAACCUUCUCUAGCAGGAACGGAUCGAAACGUGCCGCUUGCUUCCUCCUUUAGCAACGUUGCGGUUUUGCAUAAAGGAUGGGGAUGCCUCGCUUCCCGCCUCUAGCCCUGGGUGGGUCUCCCAUAGUGUAAGCGCAAUUGGUGUGGCAUGCGCGGGGGGGGGGCUUGCUUCCUCUCUCCCAGCUGCCCUGGGCAAAAUAGGCCCGCCUUCUCAUGGGGGCCAGGUGGCAGCCAUCCCCCUCAGUAGGGCUGGUCGGAGCAGAGGUCUCUAAGGAAUCAGUAGCUGCUUUGCACUGCAAGUCAGUAGACUCUGUGUGUGUGUAUGUGUGUGUACCAGUGAGAAGGGAGCCGGAUUGAAAGGAAGCCUUUAACUUGCACCCUCAUGCCACUGUGCCUGCCAUUGACUUUCUGGGGUAGGGUGGAGGGAGAACCGGGUUGUGAAUAGCUGCUUGGCAAGGCAGUCGGCUGCUAUCGCUGCAUAAGGUGUGAGCACCACCCCUCUGCUCGGAAGGCAGGCCAAAUGCCACAGCCGCAUCAAACUCACCCAGCUCCUCUUUCCUUGAAAUGCACUUUAUUUUUCCUGGAUUGAUUGGCCUGGCCCCUUCAGCCAUUCAGAAGUGCCUGCUCCCUGGAGUCACUACCCUGAACCCUGAAUUUUGCCAUUGGGGACAGCCACCAAUUACUUCCUGCCCCCCAGAUCUGUGGACUUUCGUGUGGCUUUGUUUUUAGGAAACAAAACAAAAAAAGAGGACUCUUUAACAUAUUAGCCUUUUUAUACAGUGACCAAUUUAUUUUACCACUCAGUUUAGCUUCUUACUCACAUAAUCGGUAAAAUGUCCCUGGCUCUUAACCCUGGUUCCCCCAUAAAGCAUGGAGGGGGGUAAGGGGAUUUUGGGGGUCCCGAGCCACACUCUCUCUCGAGAUGUAGAAUGUAUUUGCUGGUGCCUUUUUACACUUUAUGUAAAUAGCAGACAAAAUUUAGCCUGUGCAGUUGACUGUUGGUUUCUCUGGCCUCCCAAGUGCGGGUUUUUUAAGAAGUUUAUAAAAAUGCUAGACGGC